CUGGGGAAAUUGCAGGGCGAACAGUGGCAAAUCGAUGGUCGGGCUUGUCGCGACAUUUUCCGCAAAAUACCCGUGAAAAGUGGAUCAAAAUUGAUGCUGGCGACUCGAGAGCAAUCUAGAGUCCACUCGGGAGUGUACAGUGCGUGUUAAAGUGCGUGAGUGCGUGGCGAAUAGAGCUGCGAGAGUGCUUAGAAUUUGUCCUUUUGGCCUCCCUUUUCCGCCCAUUUUGGCCAAUUUGUUGCAUUCGCGGCUGCGGGAGAGUGAGUGGAGUCGGAUCGCGAGAGGGAGCAAAGUCCCCAAGAGUCACUCUCCACAACCAGGCGUGUCUGUUGAGGCUGAAGCGCCCCCGGUGGCAGCGAGAGUGUCCACGAGGAGCGCCACGGGCGAGCCCCCAUCGGACGGGCGACUGAGGUGACUUUCCGGAUCGUGAGGGCCGCGCAGGAGGACAGAGAGGGCCAAGAUGACGGAAUACAAAUUGGUGGUGGUGGGCGCUGGCGGUGUCGGCAAGUCCGCCCUCACCAUCCAGCUGAUCCAGAAUCACUUCGUGGACGAGUACGAUCCCACAAUUGAGGACUCGUACAGGAAGCAAGUGGUCAUCGAUGGCGAAACGUGCCUCUUGGACAUCCUGGACACGGCCGGCCAAGAGGAGUACUCGGCGAUGAGGGAUCAGUACAUGCGAACGGGCGAGGGAUUCCUCCUUGUCUUUGCAGUCAACAGUGCCAAAAGCUUCGAGGAUAUAGGAACAUAUCGUGAGCAAAUAAAGCGCGUGAAGGAUGCCGAAGAAGUGCCGAUGGUGUUGGUGGGGAACAAAUGUGAUUUGCAGGCAUGGGCCGUUGACAUGAGCCAAGCGAGAGAUGUGGCCAAACAGUACGGAAUCCCAUUUGUGGAGACUUCAGCCAAGACGAGGAUGGGCGUCGAUGAUGCUUUCUACACGCUCGUGCGUGAGAUUCGCAAAGACAAGGAGCAGCGGAAGAAGAAGAGCAAAAAUCCCAAAAAUGGAUCUCAUCGUCGCUUCAAGUGUGUUCUGCUUUAAUUCAACAAGAAAAAAAAAAUCCUCCACAACUCAGAAAAAGUGUCUAGUUCACAGUUACGAGCCAAUGUUUUAAGAGCGUCUCUUUUAAAAAAGAAAAAAAAAGAAAGAAAAGGGAAACACAUGUGUAGCGCAGUUUCUUUUCUUCUGAUUGUGUGCACGAGUGCGGGAGGGUGGAAUGUUUAGGUUUUCAUGUCGUGUGUGGUUCUAUUAUUCUGUAAACACGACGAAUGAGAGUGAAGUUUCUCUCUUGGGAGGAAUAGAAAUUUGACUUUUUAACUUUGUAUAGAGCAAAUGUCAGAGAGAGAGAGAGAGAAACACACCCAGUUUAAUUGUGGACGUUUGUUUUUUAAAGGGCUGGGGGGUGGGGGAGGAAAGGCAGUGAGCGAGUAGAGAGGGAAAAGGAUGGGGAAAAGUAGAGAAAAAAAACAUAGUGGAUCAAUUUGUCACAUGUGUAAUAAGUAAUGAUAAGUUUAAAGUAUUUUAAUUGUCCAACGAGUAGAUUUAAACGAUUUUAAGGGUAGCAGAAUUGGCCGGAGGCGCUGAAAGAGAGAAGAGGGCGUGAUAGAGGCAAGAUUACAAGAUUUUCUGUGUAUAAAGUAUUAAAAGUGUGAGAGAAAAGAGGCGAAGAUGCUGGAACGAGCGAGAAAGUUAAUUAAAUGUGCCCCCCAUUAUUUUGAGGAGAGAGAGAGAGAGAGAA